GCCAGCGCCAUUCCAACACCGCAAUCCGACUCCCCUUCAGCAUAUCCACCAGGCUGGGCCGUGCCUCCAACCGACAGCGCUGUCGUCCAACAGUACAUUGCUCAGAUCGACUGGAAUUGGGUCCGCAACAACAUCUCACAAACGACUUCCCAAUACUGCGAUCCAGCCACCGAUCCCGAGAGCGUUGCCUUGCAAUGGGAGAACUGCUGGUGGUCUUGCAACCAAUGUCGAUGGGAAUCCGAUGUGUACGUCUGUCCGACCAAGGGAGAGUGGGGUCUGACGUUUGACGACGGCCCAACGGCUGCGACGCCGGAGUUGCUGGAUGAGUUGGCUUCGGAUGGGACGACUGCGACUUUCUUUGUGACUGGCACUCAAAUUCUGCUGUUUCCGGAUACUCUGCGGAGAAUUGCCAACGAGGGUCAUGAGAUUGGCAUCCACACAUGGAGCCACGCCGCCUUGACGACCCUCUCCAGCGACCAAAUUGUCGCCGAGCUAGGCUGGACCCUCACAAUCAUCGCCGACACCCUCGGCUACACCCCAUCCGUCUCUCUCUUCCGUCCACCCUACGGCGACGUCGACAACCGUGUACGAGACAUCGCAGUACAACUGGCUCUGACACCAGCUCUCUGGUCUCACGAUACGAAUGACUGGAAGCUCAACGAGGAUCCGGCUAAUCAGCCAAUGCUGGAGGGCGAGUUGGAUGUGAUUGUGCAGAGUGCUUGGGGUUCGGAGACGGGGAUCGUGACACUACAGCACGAUUCCACAGCUGCGGUGGUGAGGUAUGCGAUCGAUGUGGUGCUGCCGAGAGCGAAAGAA